AUGCUGUCGAAGGAUCCAGGUCUGUGGAACUCUGGGCUGCUUGGAAGCUCCACAACAUCAACGGGGGCCGCAAAUCCGAACACUCGCGCUGCUGCGGGAAUAGGUACUCCCUCCGCGACGGUUACCACUGCGAGCAACACUAGCUAUGCCUUCUUGGCCUCUUCCGCCUCUUCCGUGUUACUGCAAGGCACCACUAACGGCAUAAGCAACAACCCGACAACUCUGAUGCCGGCAACGGUGAGUCACGAUCGCUCGCAGGAGCUUUGCAAGUACUUUCUCAAUGGCGGUUGUCUUCGGGGGGCGCAGUGUCAGUAUCUGCACGAGCUGCCAGAUGAGCGACACCUUGACGUGAACGGAUAUGGAUACAUUCUCAACCCCAACGUGCACAACGCACAAAAGACACUUCCUCUAGCAGUGAGCAACAACACAACGAGUGCUGUUCAGGUGAACGGUGGAGCCCCGACAUCAUCGCCGCUGAUGCUAGGCCUCAAUACGGGCAGUAGUAGGCAGUCGCACAGUGCGAAGACCAAACCGCAGGCGUCUCUUUUGGUGGGUGUGCCAACACACUUGCCGUUUCAGUUGUCUGUCCCAAGCGUAAAGGCACCUCCACCAAAGUACCGUCCACCGGAGCCAUUCUUAGAGUACAACUUGCCACCAACUCUAGCACUGCCAAUUAAAACACCGGCGAAAGAUGUGGCCCUCCAACUAACUAAUGCAAUGCUUAAGAACUGA